AAGAAGAAAAUUAUUUUCACUCAGCCAAGGGAACUUAGUGCAUCGUCCAAUAGAAACAAAUCCUGCUGUCUCAAGCAAGGUAUUGCAUCUCACGGCUACAAGCAUAAUCCCGUCGAUUCGUCCUUCAGGUGAAAGAACAAGCCAUUCCAGAGACUUGUGCACAGUGUAAAAUUGUACGUUGUUCGAAGGAAGUGAGAAAAUGAAUAGUUUCCCGGAAAGUUCUGAAAGUGCCAUCGUUUUCCCGAAGGAUCUGGGCGAGAUGCCAAAGGAACAGUUUGCCAAGGCUGAAUUCAUCAGUGACCACUCCCGUUCUCCAGAGGACGAAGAAAAAUCGGAUGAUCCGAAAAAAGACCCAACCGAACUUGAUCUGUUAGGAUAUUCUUUCACAAUGUCACCCAAUACUGCGUCGAACAACAAGGAGACGGAGCAGGAGAAAAAAAUAUGUGACGAUCUCUUCCAGGGGUUGGAUGAGAAGAAAAAUGUAGAAUCUGCCUCCUCAUCGCACAACCAGCUCAUCGAUAUCGGUGAGCCAGACAUUGUUGAGCCACAGAAGAAAUUAAACAAGGAGCCAGAAAAACAUGUUAUCGAUUUCGAACAGCCCGCGGAUGCUCCAUAUGAACAAGCCAAAGUGAAGGAUGAGAUCGAGAGUGAUUAUAUGAAUCCAUACGCCGAGCUCCGUACAAACACCGGGCAGAACCAAAAGCAUGAAGAAUCGGUGGCAGUUACAGAUAAAAUUGAAAGUGUGACUUUUAAGGACGAUAUAUUUGAAGAUUUCCCUAGUCUGAACAAAAAUGACCAAUCCGGCGCCCCAAAGGAAGAUGAUUCAUCGUCAGCUGUUACUGCUGCUGCUGCCGUUGCCGCUGUUGCUCCUGCUGAGCCGGCACUACCAACUGCGCCACCCAUUGCACCAGCUGUACCGUCAAAUGAACAGCCCGAGAAGGAGGGCAAAUCUCCUACACUCGUUGAUACGUUCAAUGACUGCGAUGAACCGUGCAUACAAGCGGAGAAGUUGUUCAAACAGUUUGGUUUGGAUGCAUGGUUCAAGCCUGAAAAAUUACACCCAAGAGUGGAAUCCCUGAUCUACUGGCGCGAUGUGAAGAAGUCCGGCAUUGUGUUUGGCAGCGGCCUAACCAUCCUGAUCGCCAUGUCGCUGUUCUCGCUCAUUAGCGUCUUCUCGUACGUGUCACUGCUAGUCCUGACCGGUACUGUUUCGUUCCGUAUCUACAAAAAUGUGUUACAGGCAGUGCAGAAGACAUCCGAGGGACAUCCUUUCAAAGAAUAUCUGGACAUUGAUUUGACUCUGUCCCAGGAGAAGGUUCAGCAACUGACCACAGUGGCCGUGGCCCACUUCAACGCAUUGCUGACGGAACUGCGCCGCUUGUUUUUGGUGGAAGAUUUGGUAGAUUCCAUCAAGUUCGGUGUGGUCCUGUACUGCUUAACCUACGUCGGUGGCAUCUUCAACGGAAUGACGUGUAUUAUUAUUGCAUUCAUUGCCCUCUUCACCUUGCCAAAGGUUUACGAAAACAACAAGCAGUCGAUUGACGCUUACUUGAAUCUGGUCAGAAGCAAAAUUCUGGAUGUCACUGAAAAAGUAAAAGCAGCCGUUCCGUUGGGCAAGAAGUCCGAAUCCGACAAGGACAAAUAAGAUGAUAGCUUAUAAUUGUGAAAAGAGCGUUUUAUUAUAUUUUAUUUAUUCUACUUCAUAAUGAUGAUCAACAAAGAGGAGAAUGAAUGGAAAACAUUUUGAAACAACAAAGACAAAGAAUCGAAAAAUUUUAUUUCCAACUAACUAUUUUUGAACUCUGCGAGUCGUUUCGAACAUCUGGACCGCAAAAAUGAUGGACCUUUUAGCAUAGUUGCAAUGAACCACAAAAUAAAAACAAAAUCUUUUUUCCCACUCCUCGCAUUCGUUUCACACCUCCUCGUGAUUAAUGUAUGGAUCAAAACAAAACCCCCUCCAAACAUGCAUAGGGAGGAACCAUGCGUGGAACUAAUAGCUGUAAUCAUUCAAAACAAAACUCUAAGUAGAAACAAAUGAACGCUGAGAUUAACACAUAAUAAGACAACUAAGAAAAUUUCAAUUUUUUCGAAAGACUCAUUUUGUUUGGACUUAACAAACCAACGCAUUCGUUUGAUGUAAUCACUGACACCCACUCACAAGUUGAAAGAAUCCUGGUUUGAGCGCUGAAAGAUGUGACGAAGAAGUAAAAGUACAACACAGCACAGGAAAUACGAACAGUUGAAUUUUACUUUCGAUUGCGUAUUCAUAUCGUAACAGAUUUUAAUUGUCCGCUUUUUGCCGUAGCCGCUUUGUAAUGAGUUUGGGUCUUUGCGUGUGCUGUGUUUCUUCAGCAGCAGUUACUCUCCGCUCCGAAGCUUACGGAUGCAUGAUACCAACUGUAGAAAAGUCCAUUGAGAUUUCGUUCAAAUAGCUUUGGUUUGAUUGCCAAUCCAGUUCGCCAAAAAGAUCAUUCUGCGCAAGAGAUAUAAAAAAAAACAAACCAUCCGCUUAGAAUCUAUGUAAACCGAAGAAUGAUGAAACAAACAAAAAAACGCUAUAUUGAUAUUAAUAUAUUUGUAAGAAUAUAAGGCUUGUUUGAUGAAGUGGAGCGAAAUAAAGCCAAUGAAAGACGCGAACGGGGCAACAACCUGCCCUGUUAUCGGCUGUGGCUGUCUUUAAGCUAAUUCUGUUGAAAUUGUGCAAAUCUACCUAAAGAAAACUAUCGAAACCUUUACGUUAUUCGUUAUCAUAAGAGUUUGUUUUAGCCUAAAAACCAUUUUUCGAUUCACCUUUUUCUAGAAGUUAAUUGGAAGUGAGAAACCUUUAAAACGUGUAGAGUAUGUAAAUGGAACUGCUCAUACCAAGUACACUAAAACACAUACACACACAUACACGAGUAAACAAUAUUGCUUACAAAACAUUAUUAUGAUUAUUAUGAUUCAAAGCAAGAAAAAAAAAUCAAGCGAUAGCAACAAACAGAAAACAGAAAUUGUCAUCAAUGCAAAUAAAAUGGAAAUAAUAAUAAAGUGGAGAACCCACAGAACAACAAACCACAACACAAGGAACUUAUAUCUUUGGGAAGGAAAACAAAAUAUAUGAGUGUUUCGCCAUAGAUAGUCAAUAAAAGCUAAGCAUUUUCGAUGUGAGGCUGGAUCUGUA